AUGGCGCAGAAGUGUGGCCUCAGUGGGGUGUUUCCGGCACUCUGCCUCCUCCUGCUGGCUGUCUACGCCCAAGGCCUGCAGAUGUGUCCAAGUCUCUCCUGUCCGACUCCCGUCGGCUUUUUUGCCCACCCGACUAACUGCGACAGUUACGUCAAGUGUUCGCAUGGAGCCGUUACCAUCAAGCAGUGUCCAGAAGGCCUUGACUACAACCCGGAAAUGAGGCGCUGCGACUAUCCCCAACUGGCCCAGUGUAACAUCACAGCGCGGCUUAUGAAGUCUGGAUGUUCUCUCAAACCCAGCAACAAACCGGUCCUGCUGGGCUCUGCAGAGUCUUCAGAGUCUUCAGGGUCUUCGGGGUCUUCAGGGUCGUCAGUGGAGUGUGACUGUGACUGUUGUCUAAUGCCCCACGAAGUGUGCACCAAAUACUACGAGUGUCUUGAGAGCGGCGAAGCUGUUGAGAGGGAGUGUUCAGAUGGACUUGUGUUCAAUCCUGAUAUUGAGAACUGCGAUUUCCCAAGCAACUACCAGUGUCCCCCGCCCGUUUGUGAGUGUGACUGUCGCUACCCCGUGGAGGGAGAAUGCAACGCCUUCUACGAUUGCAAGGACGGAGAGCCGGAGAAGAAAUACUGUCCUGACGGUCUGUUCUUCAACCCUGAAACCAAUACCACCACCACCACCACAACAACACCUGAACCAACCACCACCACCACCACCACCACCACACCUGAACCAACCACCACCACUACUACUACCACUACUACUCCUGAACCAACCACAACCACCACCACUACCACCAAAGCCCCAGACACGACAACAGGUGGCUCUGUGUGUGACAUUGUUUGUUCCUCUCCACAAGGACUCUUCCCACACCCUCAAAAUUGCAACAAAUGGGUACACUGUGACCACAACAUCGCUCACGUGAAGGACUGUCCUCCGGGUUUACACUUCAACCCACAACUCAAGAUAUGCGACUGGCCACAAUCAGCGGGUUGCAUCUCCAGUCCGGAGGAAUCCUGCACAAUGCCCACAGUCAUCCCUACCACACCGACCACCAAUGCCACAGAACCCACCAUCGAUCCCCUCUGUGACUGCGCGUGUUGCCACAAACCUGCUGAAGACUGCACCGCCUACUAUUACUGUGACGAGAAUCACUCAGUAAGCUUCCACAAAUGUUCAGAAGGACUUGUGUUUGACCCUGAGCUCGAGACGUGUGUCUUUGCUGCCAUGUACCCAGAAUGUGUUGUCACCGAGCCACCAGUCUGCCACUGCGACUGCUUCUAUCCCGCUCAUGACUGCUCCUCCUAUUACUACUGUAAAGAAGAUGUACCAGUCAAGUAUGACUGUCCCGCGGGUUUGUACUGGAACCAGGACAAGAAGUCGUGUGAUCUGCCUGAAUACGUCACUGGCAACUGUGUUCCUCCAACAACCACCACGACUAAGAAACCAACGCCGAGCACAACUCCUGUCACUCCCAGUACCACAACGGCCUCGCCGUUCACCUGUGUGGACUGCUCCAGAGGCCAACAGUUCUUCCAGCACCCUACUGACUGCACGAAGUAUAUCCAGUGCGCACCUUUUGGACCACAGGAGAUGUCUUGUCCAGAACACAUGGUCUGGGAUCAGGGUAUCCUCACCUGUAACUACGAAACGAGCACACCCUGUGUCACUGGUAACCACGUGGAUUCAAAUGGCAAUUGCGUUCGGCCUACAACUACAACUUCCACUACCACUUCGACCACCACCACCACAACCACCAAAGCCCCAGUCACAACGACUGGUGGCUCUGUGUGUGACAUUGUUUGUUCCUCUCCACAAGGACUCUUCCCACACCCUCAAAAUUGCAACAAAUGGGUACACUGUGACCACAACAUCGCUCACGUGAAGGACUGUCCUGCUGAUUUACACUUCAACCCACAACUCAAGGUAUGCGACUGGCCACAAUCAGCGGGUUGCACCUCCAGUCCGGAGGAAUCCUGCACAAUGCCCACAGUCAUCCCUACCACACCGACCACCAAUGCCACAGAACCCACCAUCGAUCCCCUCUGUGACUGCGCGUGUUGCCACAAACCUGCUGAAGACUGCACCGCCUACUAUUACUGUGACGAGAAUCACUCAGUAAGCUUCCACAAAUGUUCAGAAGGACUUGUGUUUGACCCUGAGCUCGAGACGUGUGUCUUUGCUGCCAUGUACCCAGAAUGUGUUGUCACCGAGCCACCAGUCUGCCACUGCGACUGCUUCUAUCCCGCUCAUGACUGCUCCUCCUAUUACUACUGUAAAGAAGAUGUACCAGUCAAGUAUGACUGUCCCGCGGGUUUGUACUGGAACCAGGACAAGAAGUCGUGUGAUCUGCCUGAAUACGUCACUGGCAACUGUGUUCCUCCAACAACCACCACGACUAAGAAACCAACGCCGAGCACAACUCCUGUCACUCCCAGUACCACAACGGCCUCGCCGUUCACCUGUGUGGAUUGCUCCAGAGGCCAACAGUUCUUCCAGCACCCUACUGACUGCACGAAGUAUAUCCAGUGCGCACCUUUUGGACCACAGGAGAUGUCUUGUCCAGAACACAAGGUUUGGGAUCAGGGUAUCCUCACCUGUAACUACGAAACGAGCACACCCUGUGUCACUGGAAACCACGUGGAUUCAAAUGGCAAUUGCGUUCGGCCUACAACUACAACUUCCACUACUACUACCACCACCACCACCACUACUCCUGAACCAACUACCACCACCACCACCACCACUACUCCUGAACCAACUACCACCACCACCACCACCACUACUCCUGAACCAACUACCACCACCACUCCUGAACCAACCACCACCACCACCACCACUACCACCACUACUCCUAAACCAACUACCACCACCACUCCUGAACCAACCACCACAACUACCACCACCACUCCUGAACCAACGACCACUACCACCUCUGGGUGUGACAUUGCAUGCCCCGCUGCACAAGGACUCUUCCCACACCCUCAGAAGUGGAAAUGGGUACACUGUGACCAUAACAUCCCUUACGUGAAGGACUGUCCCGCUGGUCUACACUUCAACCCACUGCUGAAGGUGUGCGACUGGCCACAGUCAGCGGGUUGCACCUCUGGACCAGACCACAUCUGUGAGAUUCCCACACCUGCCCCAACCCACCAGCCCCCCAAUGCCACACAACCCACACCCAACCCUAUGUGUGACUGCGAGUGUUGCCACAAACCUGCUGACGACUGCACCUCCUACUAUUACUGUGAUGAGGAUAAGUCAAUGAGCUACCACAAGUGUUCAGAGGGACUCGUGUUCCACCCUGACUUCGACACGUGUGUGUAUGCUGACAUGUACCCGGAAUGCAUCGUCACCGAGCCACCACCAGUCUGUCUCUGCGACUGUUACUAUCCCUCUGAAGUCUGCUCCUCUUAUUAUGACUGCGUUGAAGGAGUUCCAGUUAAGCUGGACUGUCCCGAGGGAUUGUACUGGAACCAAGACAAGAAGUCAUGCGAUCUGCCUCAGUUCGUGAACUGCACCAUGCCCAUCCGCCAUGUAUAUAAGAGCCAGACCAGAGGGACUAAUGCAGAGUCAUCGACUGCCUCAGAGCAACAGGACCAAGAAUGGAGCAGAAGUUUGGCCUCAACGGUGUGCUUCCGGCACUCUGCAUCCUCCUGCUGGCUGUCUACGCCCAAGUAUGAUGUGAAAGACAUGAUUAUGAAGGGGCACUCUUCCUCACGUACAGGUCUGCAGGUGUGUCCAAGUCUCUCCUGUCCGACUCCCGCCGGCUUUUUUGCCCACCCGACUAACUGCGACAGUUACGUCAAGUGUUCGCAUGGAGCCGUUACCAUCAAGCAGUGUCCGGAAGGCCUUGACUACAACCCGGAAAUGAGGCGCUGCGACUAUCCCCGACUGGCCCAGUGCAACAUCACAGCGCGGUUAGUGAAGUCUGGGUGUUCCCUCGAAACCAGUGACCCGAAAACUCGCCUCAAGCUCGACUUGUUCGGCUCCUCAGAGUCCUCAGACUCCUCAGACUCCUCAGAGUCGUCAGGUUCCUGGAGUCGUCAGUGGAGUGUGACUGUGACUGUUGCCUCAAGCCCCACGACGUUUGCACCAAGUACUACGAGUGUGUCCAGGUAUUGUAGCGGCGAAGCUGUUGUGAGGGAGUGUUCAGAUGGUCUUGUGUUCAAUCCUCAUAUUGAAAACUGCGACUUCCCAAGCAACUACCAGUGUCCCACGCCCCCGCCCGUUUGUGAGUGUGACUGUCGCUACCCCGUGGAGGGAGAAUGCAACGCCUUCUACGAUUGCAAGGACGGAGAGCCGGAGAAGAAAUACUGUCCUGACGGUCUGUUCUUCAACCCUGAAACCAAUCAGUACUUCCCUCAUCCUACAGACUGCAGGAAAUUCAUCCAGUGCGCCCCGUACGGGCCUCAGGAAAUGCCGUGUCCCAAGGGCACUAUUUGGAACCAGUGGCUCCUCACCUGUGACCACGAAGCCAUUACACCUUGCAUCACCGGCAGCUACGUGGGUCCUGAUGGCAAGUGCGUUCACCCCGUCAUCACCACGCCUAAAACCACCACCACCACCACCACCACCAAGGCUCCAGUCACAACACCAGGAGGCUCUGUGUGUGACGUUGCAUGCCCCGCUGCACAAGGACUCUUCCCACACCCUCAGAAGUGCGGGAAAUGGGUACACUGUGACCAUAACAUCCCUUACGUGAAGGACUGUCCCGCUGGUCUACACUUCAACCCACUGCUGAAGCCCCCCAAUGCCACACAACCCACACCCAACCCUAUGUGUGACUGCGAGUGUUGCCACAAACCUGCUGACGACUGCACCUCCUACUAUUACUGUGAUGAGGAUAAGUCAAUGAGCUACCACAAGUGUUCAGAGGGACUCGUGUUCCACCCUGACUUCGACACGUGUGUGUAUGCUGACAUGUACCCCGGAAUGCAUCGUCACCGAGCCACCACCAGCGAUGAAGGAGUUCCAGUUAAACUGGACUGUCCCGAGGGUUUGUACUGGAACCAAGACAAGAAGUCGUGCGAUCUGCCUCAAUAUGUCAAAAUGCCUGAACAUGCACGUAACAAUUAUAACCCCUCACUCUUGGCUGCAGCGGUAUAUAAGAGCCAGACCAGAGGGACUAAUGCAGAGUCAUCGACUGCCUCAGAGCAACAGGACCAAGAAUGGAGCAGAAGUUUGGCCUCAACGGGGUGCUUCCGGCAUUCUGCAUCCUCCUGCUGGCUGUCUACGCCCAAGUGUGGUAGUGACUGUAUCAUGAAGCACAGAUGGAUGACUUCAAAAAGACAUGACAUGAAGGGGCACUCUUGCUCACGUACAGGUCUGCAGGUGUGUCCAAGUCUCUCCUGUCCGACUCCCGCCGGCUUUUUUGCCCACCCGACUAACUGCGACAGUUACGUCAAGUGUUCGCAUGGAGCCGUUACCAUCAAGCAGUGUCCGGAAGGCCUUGACUACAACCCGGAAAUGAGGCGCUGCGACUAUCCCCGACUGGCCCAGCGCGCUCGACUUGUUCGGCUCCUCAGAGUCCUCAGACUCCUCAGACUCCUCAGAGUCGUCAGGUUCCUGGAGUCGUCAGUGGAGUGUGACUGUGACUGUUGCCUCAAGCCCCACGACGUUUGCACCAAGUACUACGAGUGUGUCCAGAGCGGCGAAGCUGUUGUGAGGGAGUGUUCAGAUGGUCUUGUGUUCAAUCCUCAUAUUGAAAACUGCGACUUCCCAAGCAACUACCAGUGUCCCACGCCCCCGCCCGUUUGUGAGUGUGACUGUCGCUACCCCGUGGAGGGAGAAUGCAACGCCUUCUACGAUUGCAAGGACGGAGAGCCGGAGAAGAAAUACUGUCCUGACGGUCUGUUCUUCAACCCUGAAACCAAUGUGUGCGGCCUGCACUGCCAUCAAACCACACCGCGCCCGCCAACCACCACUACCACACCUCAACCGACCACCACCACCACCACAACAACCACACCUCAACCGACCACCACCACCACCACAACAACCACACCUCAACCGACCACCACCACCACCACCACACCUAAACCAACCACCACCACCACCACCACCACCACCACCACCACACCUAAACCAACCACCACUACCACCACCACACCUAAACCAACCACCACCACCACCACCACACCUGAACCAACCACCACCACCACCACCACACCUAAACCUACCACUACGUCUCCACCUCCUCCUCCUACAACUACUACCACCACCACAACCACACCUGAACCAACCACCACCACCACCACCACCACACCUGAACCAACCACCACCACCACCACACCUAAACCAACCACCACUACCACCACCACACCUAAACCUACCACACCUGCCCCAACCACACCAGCCCCCAAUGCCACACAACCCACACCCAACCCUAUGUGUGACUGCGAGUGUUGCCACAAACCUGCUGACGACUGCACCUCCUACUAUUACUGUGAUGAGGAUAAGUCAAUGAGCUACCACAAGUGUUCAGAGGGACUCGUGUUCCACCCUGACUUCGACACGUGUGUGUAUGCUGACAUGUACCCGGAAUGCAUCGUCACCGAGCCACCACCAGUCUGUCUCUGCGACUGUUACUAUCCCUCUGAAGUCUGCUCCUCUUAUUAUCACUGCGAUGAAGGAGUUCCAGUUAAGCUGGACUGUCCCGAGGGUUUGUACUGGAACCAAGACAAGAAGUCGUGCGAUCUGCCUCAGUUCGUGAACUGCACCAUGCCCAUCCGCCGUCGUCCCCACCACGUAUAUAAGAGCCAGACCAGAGGGACUAAUGCAGAGUCAUCGACUGCCUCAGAGCAACAGGACCAAGAAUGGAGCAGAAGUUUGGCCUCAACGGGGUGCUUCCGGCAUUCUGCAUCCUCCUGCUGGCUGUCUACGCCCAAGGUAUUAAAGUGUCCCUAUCCCUUCCAGUGUAUUCUCUGUCUGCAGGUGUGUCCAAGUCUCUCCUGUCCGACUCCCGCCGGCUUUUUUGCCCACCCGACUAACUGCGACAGUUACGUCAAGUGUUCGCAUGGAGCCGUUACCAUCAAGCAGUGUCCGGAAGGCCUUGACUACAACCCGGAAAUGAGGCGCUGUGACUAUCCCCGACUGGCCCAGUGCAACAUCACAGCGCGGUUAGUGAAGUCUGGGUGUUCCCUCGAAACCAGUGACCCGAAAACUCGCCUCAAGCUCGACUUGUUCGGCUCCUCAGAGUCCUCAGACUCCUCAGACUCCUCAGAGUCGUCAGGUUCCUCGGAGUCGUCAGUGGAGUGUGACUGUGACUGUUGCCUCAAGCCCCACGACGUUUGCACCAAGUACUACGAGUGUGUCCAGAGCGGCGAAGCUGUUGUGAGGGAGUGUUCAGAUGGUCUUGUGUUCAAUCCUCAUAUUGAAAACUGCGACUUCCCAAGCAACUACCAGUGUCCCACGCCCCCGCCCGUUUGUGAGUGUGACUGUCGCUACCCCGGAGGAGAAUGCAACGCCUUCUACGAUUGCAAGGACGGAGAGCCGGAGAAGAAAUACUGUCCUGACGGUCUGUUCUUCAACCCUGAAACCAAUGUGUGCGGCCUGUACUGCCAUCAAACCACACCGCGCCCGCCAACCACCACUACCACACCUCAACCGACCACCACCACCACCACAACAACCACACCUCAACCGACCACCACCACCACCACCACACCUGAACCAACCACCACCACACCUAAACCAACCACCACCACCACCACCACCACCACACCUAAACCAACCACCACUACCACCACCACACCUAAACCAACCACCACCACCACCACCACACCUGAACCAACCACCACCACCACCACCACACCUAAACCUACCACUACGUCUCCACCUCCUCCUCCUACAACUACUACCACCACCACAACCACACCUGAACCAACCACCACCACCACCACCACCACACCUGAACCAACCACCACCACCACCACACCUAAACCAACCACCACUACCACCACCACACCUAAACCUACCACUACGUCUCCACCUCCUCCUACAACUACUACCACCACCACCACCACCACCACACCUAAACCCAUCACUACCACAACAGUGUCACCAUUCCCAUGCGUGGAUUGCUCCGGAGGUCAGCAGUACUUCCCUCAUCCUACAGACUGCAGGAAAUUCAUCCAGUGCGCCCCGUACGGGCCUCAGGAAAUGCCGUGUCCCAAGGGCACUAUUUGGAACCAGUGGCUCCUCACCUGUGACCACGAAGCCAUUACACCUUGCAUCACCGGCAGCUACGUGGGUCCUGAUGGCAAGUGCGUUCACCCCGUCAUCACCACGCCUAAAACCACCACCACCACCACCACCACCAAGGCUCCAGUCACAACACCAGGAGGCUCUGUGUGUGACGUUGCAUGCCCCGCUGCACAAGGACUCUUCCCACACCCUCAGAAGUGCGGGAAAUGGGUACACUGUGACCAUAACAUCCCUUACGUGAAGGACUGUCCCGCUGGUCUACACUUCAACCCACUGCUGAAGGUGUGCGACUGGCCACAGUCAGCGGGUUGCACCUCUGGACCAGACCACAUCUGUGAGAUUCCCACACCUGCCCCAACCACACCAGCCCCCAAUGCCACACAACCCACACCCAACCCUAUGUGUGACUGCGAGUGUUGCCACAAACCUGCUGACGACUGCACCUCCUACUAUUACUGUGAUGAGGAUAAGUCAAUGAGCUACCACAAGUGUUCAGAGGGACUCGUGUUCCACCCUGACUUCGACACGUGUGUGUAUGCUGACAUGUACCCGGAAUGCAUCGUCACCGAGCCACCACCAGUCUGUCUCUGCGACUGUUACUAUCCCUCUGAAAUCUGCUCCUCUUAUUAUCACUGCGAUGAAGGAGUUCCAGUUAAGCUGGACUGUCCCGAGGGUUUGUACUGGAACCAAGACAAGAAGUCGUGCGAUCUGCCUCAGUUCGUGAACUGCACCAUGCCCAUCCGCCGUCGUCCCCACCACUAA